AUGAUAGCAACGCCGCAAGAAGUUGAGCAGUACAAGUCAGACACGAGCAGCCUAGCUCAAAUGAAAGCCGACGAGCUCUUUUAUUUCCCGGAUGGCGAGCGGUCACCGGAGAAUGAUGUGUUGUGGACAAAGCUCCACUGCGAGAGGCAGGCGCGCGUCGACGCGUACGAGGAGAAGUAUUUGCCUCGGAGGUCGUCUCCGAGGUUACAGAAGGAGCAUAGAGCAGAUUAUGUGCCGGCAAGGAACUUCGGUAGUAUGCUCGGUCUGCUGCCGCCGCAACAGCAAGCCGCGACGUGUCAGUCACGGCUCGUUGAUCAGGCUGUGCCGCUGCCGAAGCCAAAGCCGCGCGCGAACUUGAGCGAAUGGCGAGCUCAUGAGUUGUCGGAGUCUCCGUCACCACGCGCACCUGUAGACCUCGAGAGGUUUAGGGCGAAUGAGCCGGCGAAGCAGAAGCGCGUGAACUUGGAUGAGUUCAGGGCUCAUGAGCCGGCGGCGCGCACGCAAAAGCCAAAGCGCGUGAACUUGGAUGAGUUCAGGGCUCACGAGCCGGCAGCGCCCGCGCAGAAGCCAAAGCGUGUGGACUUGCGCGAGUUCAGGGCUCAUGAGCCAGCGGCGCGCACGCAAAAGCCAAAGCGUGUGAACUUGGAUGAGUUCAGGGCUCAUGAGCCAGCGGCGCCCGCGCAAAAGACAAAGCGCCUGAACUUGGAUGAGUUCAGGGCUCAUGAGCCAAAGGGCAAGCAAGACGUGGACAUGGGUGACGAGUUGGCGGCAUCGCCAACUCGGCAAGAUGAAGUGCCAGAGGAGUCGGGGGCGGCGGCAAAGGAGGAUGAUGUGGACAUCUUCAUGGACGAUGAGGACGAGUUGACGGCAUCGCCAACUCGGCAAGAGGACUCGGCGGCAUCGCCGAGUGCCGCACCUGUGACAGAGAAUUGGGGACGAGGAGAUGAGCCCGAGGAUCACGUCCUCUACUCAGGCGAAGAGAGUGAGCAUGAGGAUUGGAAUCCCGCCACCAAGAGGGUAGAGAAGAAAGGCGGAGAGUGA